AUUGGAAAUGUUUAUGGACGAAUAGACGGCAGGUUGGAGCUGUUGUGGCUGAAGAAGUGACGAUUCUGUGUACACGUCUUCGAUGUUGUUGCCUGAAGCAAUUGAAGGUAGGUAUGCAUAUAAGGUAGAUUUGCUGCAUCCGUUCAUGUCUCUUCUCUAUUCAUCAAUACAAUCUUAAUCAUGUCGAACACAAGAAACAUGAACCAAGCCAACAACUUCUGGGACUUUGUCGCCAGUCUGCAGAACAACCAGGGUGAGCCCAUCUUCGCUGAAGGUAGAGGCCCAACUGCGGAGUUCGAUCCCUUCCAGGGACAGGAGUUCUGGGGUCCUUGGGCCAAUCGCGGCAGAAGACAUGGGCCUCCUGGGCCUCACGGAGGCCAUGGCCAUCGUCAUGGCAGAGAUGGCCACAGAGGUCCUCCACCGCCUCCUGGCCCUCCUGCACCUCCCCAGCACGACGAUGUCCCUGCUCCUCCACCACCUCCAUUCAACGAGCCUCUUUCCCGCUCGCCAACUCCUCCUACACCCCCAGAGACACCUGCCGAGCCUCACCACCACCCACGCCCGGAGUCACCUCGUCACCGUAGAGGUCCCUCCCCUCACCACGGGCCUCAUCACCAUGGAGGACCCCCUCACCACCGUAGAGGACCAUCCCCCCAUCAUCACCGGGGCCCUUCUCCCCACCACCAUAGAGGACGUGGUGGACGUGGUGGGCGCGGCGGUCACCACAACCACCCUCGUGGUGGGCCCAACCCUGCAUUCCCAUUUGACCUCAGUGCACUAGCCGAAGCCUUUGCACCCGCGCUAUUCGGUGGAAACGCAUUCGGUGGAAACGCAUUCGGUGGACCCUCUGCCGACACAGCCACCAGGGAGCACAAGGCCAAUGCCAACAACAAUGAUGGCACUUUCACCCCAUCUGUCGACCUCUUCAGCACACCCACCUCCUACAUCCUCCACGCUUCCCUCCCCGGAGCCAAGAAGCCCGAGAUCGACGUCACAUACUCUGCCACUCGCAACAGCCUCACAAUUUCUGGUGUAGUCACCCGCCCCGACGUUUCAGAAGACAUGAUGAACUGCCUCGUCACCGACGAACGUAGAGAAGUCGGCAUGUUCGAGCGCGAAGUUAGACUUGAAGAGGGCGUCAAGAUUGACGAAGAGAAAAUCGGGGCUAAGCUCGAAGACGGUGUCUUGAGAGUUAUCGUACCCAAGAUUCUUCAAGAAGAGGAAGAAGGAUGGGAGAGUGUUAGAAAGGUUGAGUUGGAGUAGAUUAUAGAAUCCCUCCAAUUAUGAUUUUAUGACGGAGUGAAUAGAGAAACAAGGAGAAAAAUAUUGCUUUUGAGCAGAAAGAGGAGGAAGGGUAAUUGAUAUGAGCAUCGUUUUAUGAAUUUACGUUUGAAUUAUAUCCAUCUCUCCAAGCUUGAAUCCCAGUGCGCUUAUAACCAUAUUAGAGUUGCAAAUGUGAAGACUGAUUGCCAAGUCAUCAUGCCAAUACCAAUGGCUGGAUUGCUGGGAAGUCGAAUCCAACCUUGCCCUCAAUGCCCAGAGAGGACGAGUCUCCAACGACAGAAUUUCUUUGAGACCUUUCCCCCUCCCCAACUUCUGCCAUUACACUCCACCACUAUCCCAUGAAGUCAUCCCUCCCUCUCUUGAUAUUCAAGUUCCAUAUGCUCAUCCCUUACUAACCCUCUUCAUCUCCUCAUUCCCCUUUGAAACCAUGUGCGCACGACAGUAAUGCGAGCACUUUGCCAAAGGUUUGUCCUCGACGG